UCACGAGGCGAAAACUUGACAAAGAAUAUGGGGGUUGAUCGUCGGGCAGCUUUUGAAACCAUGCUCAAGACUGCUAGCACGAGCAGUCCUUGCCGAGGUGGGCAGAGGAUAAAACUUUUGUCAUCCGUCACAUAGCGCCAUUUCAAACUUUUGCACCACGACGGAGCGAUGGGCCUAAAUUUUGGCGAAAGUAAUAGCGUCGUCGACUCUGGUCUAGGUUCUUCUCCCACUCUUCAGUCUUUGAUGGCUCUUUCGGCCAGUCCCGAGUCCCCAACGGGUAGCAGCCCAAGCCUAAAUGAUGGAGAAUUCGAGGGGGACCACUCCACGAACGGCGCAAAUUUGCGAGGCAACCUCUCCGGCGACCAGGUAGCAAACAUUAUCGCAACGGACGGACGUCGGCCAUCUCGUCGACGAACGUCCGAGGACGAAGACGACGCAAGGACCGCUCGUCGCUUGCUGACGAACAGGCGUGAGCGAUGGCGACAGCAGUUGGUGAACGAUGCGUUCAUGCAACUUCGAAAACUUAUCCCGACAUUUCCACCCGACAAGAAACUGUCGAAACACGACGUCUUGAAGCAGGCGAGUCGUUACAUCGUUUAUGUACAAACCAUUCUCACCGACUCGAUUGAACAACAGCAACGCGCAAUCAAUCCUGAAACGGCCAAGACCAUGACGGGAAGCAUCCGGGAGAAGCAGGAUUGGCAUUUCGCCAGCAUGUACACGCAUAUGCCCCUGGGAAGUCCUACCCAGGGCAUGGCAACCUUCCCGGGCUCCCUGACCCCAUCGCGCAGUGCCGAAACACUCGCUCGCCAAGCUGUGGCCGAGACCUACCAGAGACCAUCCAGCACAGCAAAUUCCGGUGACUCUCCCGGCUACUACCCGGCCGGUGGUCCAGCAGGAGGGUUUCCCGGUCUGCCAGAGGGGCACCAUCGCUCGACCGUUCCGCAAGCGCAGCCCGCGCGCCACAUUUCCGCCACGUCGCCACCGUACUCCGAGGCAUACGCUGCUCCUGCUGCCAACGCCAGAACACAAGCGUCAAUGUCGAGCGGUGCUAUGCAUGAGGAAUCUAUGAGCCGUACCCAGCCUCAGGCUGUAUCGCACGGGGGUAUGCGGCAGAGCAUAGACGAUCGCUCCAUCUCCCCGCAACAGUCUACAAUGCCCCCUGGGAACAACUUCUCUGGAUGGAUACACCCCAACUCGACCAAUGACGACUCCAACGCACAACGGCACAUUGAUUACGGACACUUCCACGGACGCAGCACUGUCGAACACCCCAACACUGCACAGCCCAUCAUCUACUCUAGCCCGGGAACACACAACGAAUCGAAGAACCACCACCACUAUCAGAUGCCACCAUCAACACAGCAAUCAGCCGGCCACUAUAGCGACGAACGUUUCCGAUACAUUCCAGAACAACCGCCGCCGCACCAGGAUUCCUACCACCCGAAUAGCAUGUCAAAAGCAGAGUCUAGUAGAUCAGCCAACCAUCGAACACCACCUACACAGACAGCCCAUGCAGCUCUUUAUUAGCCUCUCAUUGAUCUCCGAGGCCAUCAGCAGAACAAAAAUGCUCUGAACGUUUCCGUGUUCGUUUACUGUCGUCUUCGUCGGGUCUUGAAACUUGAUUAACGUGUUGACCUUGAGGGGCGCUUUAUUACGCUCCAGCUGUGAAAGUAAGUCUGCAUCUUUUGUGUGAGCUACUUAUUCUAUAUCUGGUAUCCCUUUAGCCGAUUCCUCUGCAAGCUGGUUUUGCGUUUUAUUACCAUAUUUCCUACGUUUAAGUAUUUUUACCUAGUCGGUCCACUGUCUGUAACCGCUUUGAAAAAGAACCAAAUGAUAUCAAGUUGAGCUUAUUCUCUGAAGGCACAUUUCCUCCAAGGAAACUUCAAGCCAGCUAGCCAUUGCUUGAAGCUUCUGUUUUGAGUGCUAGGUCUUAGAAUGAUGAGUAGUUUCUGUUUUUUUAGCCCGUGGAGCUGUUUCUUUGCUUGAUCCUGACUUGCAAUUCCUGGGUCCCGCAUUCUCAGGGCUUUUCCAGUUUUCAAUAAACCCUGAUAUACACCUUA